AUGAUUGAUAACCCAUUUGAGGCGGAAAGCUUUGCUUCUAUUGCUGCGGCAUUAAGUAUCAAUGUGGGAACACCAACCUCUGAACAAAUGCAGGCCAUGCAAAUUUCAGCACAAACUGUAGCAAGUAAAAAUACACCGUGGGUGCUCGACCCUGUUGGUUAUGGUGCAUUUCUCAAAUGGCGCAGUGAAAUGGUUGAUCAAUUGGUUUUGCUUAAACCGAAUGUUAUUCGUGGCAAUGCUUCAGAGAUCAGUGCACUUGCCGGAAAUCAGGUUGAAUCGAAAGGUCAAUGGCGGAAGCUUUUUACAGCCGAAAGUCACGGCAACAGGUUGCGCUUUAGGGGCAUUAAUUGCAGCUUAUAG